AUGGAAAGCGGGAGAUGGGGCUGGGGUUAUGGGAAGCGGAGAAUUGGGCGGGGUGAUGGAAGGAGGGAGAAUGGGGCGGGGUGCUUCCAUCACCCCGCCCCAUUUUCGCGCUUUCCAUCACCCCGCCCCAUUCUCCCGCUUUCCACCACCCCGCCCCGUUCUCCCAUUUUCCAUCACCCCGCCCCGUUCUCCCGCUUUCCAUCACCUCGCCCCGUUCUCCCGCUUUCCAUCACCCCGCCCCGUUCUCUCGCUUUCCAUCACCCCGCCCCAUUCUCCCCCUUUCCAUCACCCCGCCCCAGUCUCCGCUCUCAAUCACCCCGCCCCAUUCUCCCGUUUUCCAUCAACCCUCCCCAUUCUCCCUCUUUCCAUCACCCCACCCCAUUCUCCCUCUUUCCAUCACCCCGCCCCAUUCUCCCGCUUUCCAUCACCCCGCUCCAUUUUCCCGCUUUCCAUCACCCCGCCCGAUUCUCCCUCUUUCCAUCACCCCUCCCCAUUCUCCCUCUUUCCAUCACCCCGCCCCAUUCACCCUCUUUCCAUCACCCCGCCCUAUUCUCCCUCUUUCCAUCACCCUGCCCCAUUCCCCCUCUUUCCAUCACCCUGCCCUAUUCUCCCUGUUUCCAUCACCCCGCCCCAUUCUCCCUGUUUCCAUCACCCCGCCCCAUUCUCCCACUUUCCAUCACCGUGCCCCAUUCUCCCACUUUCCAUCACCCCGCCCCAUUCUCCCGCUUUCCAUCACCCCGCCCCGUUUUCCCGCUUUCCAUCACCCCGCCCCGUUCUCCUGCUUUCCAUCACCCCGCCCCAUUCUCCCGCUUUCAUCACCCCGCCCCGUUCUCCCAUCCAUCACCCCGCCCCGUUCUCCCGCUUUCCAUCACCCCGCCCCAUUCUCCAUCGUUUCAUCACCCCGCCCCGUUCUCCCGUUUUCCAUCACCCCGCCCCAUUCUACCCCUUUCCAUCACCCCGCCCCGUUCUCCCGCUCUCAAUCACCCCGCCUCGUUCUCCCCCUUUCCAUCACCCCUCCCCAGUCUCCCUCUUUCCACCACCCCGCCCCGUUCUCCCUCUUUCCAUCACCCCGCCCCAUUCUCUAGCUUUCCAUCACCCCGCCCCAUUCUACCGCUUUCCAUCACCCCGCUCCAUUCUCCCGCUUUCCAUCACCCCGCCCAAUUCUCCCUCUUUCCAUCACCCCUCUCCAUUCUCCCUCUUUCCAUCACCCCGCCCCAUUUUAACGCUUUCCAUCACCCCGCCCCAUUCUCCCUCUUUCCAUCACCCCACCCCAUUCUCCCGCUUUCCAUCACCCCGCUCCAUUCUCCCUGUUUCCAUCACCCCUCCCCAUUCUCCCUCUCCAUAACCCCGCCCCAUUCUCCCGCUUUCCAUCACCCCGCCCCAUUCUCCCGCUUUCCAUCACCCCACCCCAUUCUCCCGCUUUCCAUCACCCCGCCCCAUUCUCCCGCUUUCCAUCACCUCGCCACAUUCUCUCGCUUUCCAUCACCCCGCCCCAUUCUCCCGCUUUCCAUCACCCCGCCCCCUUUCAAUCACCCCGCCCCAUUCUCCCGCUUUCCAUCACCGCGCCUGUUCUCCGGCUUUCAAUCACCCCGCCCCAUUCUCCCGCUUUCCAUCACCCCGCCCCAUUCUCCAUCCUUCCAUCACCCCGCCCCAUUUUCCCGCUUUCCAUCACCCCGCCCCAUUCUCCCUCUUUCCAUCACCCCGCCCCAUUCUCCCGCUUUCCAUCACCCCGCCCCAUUCUCCCGCUUUCCAUCACCCCGCUCCAUUCUCCCGCUUUCCAUCACCCCUCAACAUUCUCCCUCUUUCCAUCACCCUGCCCCAUUCUCCCGCUUUCCAUCACCCGCCCCAUUCUCCCUCUUUCCAUCACCCCUCCCCAUUCUACUACUUUCCAUCACCCCGUCCCAUUCUCCCGCUUUCCAUCACCCCGCCAUUCUCCCGCUUUCCAUCACCCCGCCCCAUUCUCCCCAAUCCAUCACCCGCCCCAUUCUCCCUCUUUCCAUCACCCCGCCCCAUUCUCCCCCAAUCCAUCACCCCGCCCCAUUUCCACUCUUCCCAUUACCCCGUCCCAUUCUCCCGCUUUCCAUCACCCCGCCCCAUUCUCCCGCUUUCCAUCACCCCGCUCCAUUCUCCCGCUUUCCAUCACCCCGCCCCAUUCUCCCGCUUUCCAUCACCCCGCCCCAUUCUCCCGCUUUCCAUCACCCCGCCCCAUUCUCCCGCUUUCCAUCACCGCGCCCCAUUCUCCCGCUUUCCAUCACCCCGCCCCAUUCUCCCGCUUUCCAUCACCCCGCCCCAUUCUCCCUCUUUCCAUCACCCCGCCCCAUUCUCCCGCUUUCCAUCACCCUGCCCCAUUUUCACUCUUUCCAUCACCCCGCUCCAUUCUCCCGCUUUCCAUCACCCCGCCCAAUUCUCCCUCUUUCCAUCACCCCUCCCCAUUCUCUUUUCCAUCACCCCGCCCCAUUCUCCCGCUUUCCAUCACCCCGCCCCAUUCUCCCUCUUUCCAUCACCCGGCCCCAUUCUCCCUCUUUCCAUCACCCCGCCCCAUUCUCCCGCUUUCCAUCACCCCGCCCGCUUCAUUCUCCCGCUUUCCAACACACUGCUCCAUUCUCCCGCUUUCCAUCACCCCACCCCAUUCUCACUCUUUCCAUCACCCCUCCCAAUUCUCCCUCUUUCCAUCACUCCGACCCAUUCUCCUGCUUUCUAUCACCCCGCCCCAUUCUCCCUCUUUCCAUCACCCCGCCCCAUUCUCCCGCCUUCCAUCACCCCGCCCCAUUCUCCAUCUUUCCAUCACCCUGCCCAAUUCUCCCCCUUUCCAUCAUCCCGCCCCAUUCUCCCGCCUUCCAUCACCCCGCCCCAUUCUCCCUCUUUCCAUCACCCCGCCCCAUUCUCCCGCUUUCCAUCACCCCGCCCCAUUUUCCCUAUUUCCAUCACCCCGCCCCAUUCUCCCGCUUUCCUACACCCCGCCCCAUUCUCCCGCUUUCCAUCACCCCGCCCUAUUCUCCCGCUUUCCAUCACCCCGCCCCAUUCUCCCGCUUUCCAUCACCCAGCCCCAUUCUCCCUCUUUCCAUCACCCCGCCCCAUUCUCCCGCAUUUCAUCACCCCGCCCCAUUUUCCCUCAUUCCAUCACCCCGCUCCAUUCUCCCGCUUUCCAUCACCCCGCCCAAUUCUCCCUCUUUCCAUCACCCCUCCCCAUUCUCCCUCUUUCCAUCACCCCGCCCCAUUCUCCCGCUUUCCAUCACCCCGCCCCAUUCUCCCUCUUUCAAUCACCCCGCCCCAUUCUCCCUCUUUCCAUCACCCCGCCCCAUUCUCCUGCUUUCCAUCACCCCGCCCCAUUCUCCCUCUUUCCAUCACCCCGCCCCAUUCUCCCGCUUUCCAUCACCCCGCCCCAUUCUCCCUCUUUCCAUCAUCCCGCUCCAUUCUCCCGCUUUCCAUCACCCCGCCCAAUUCUCCCUCUUUCCAUCACCCCUCCUCAUUCUUCCUCUUUCCAUCACCCCGCCCCAUUCUCCCGCUUUCCACCACCCUGCUUUCCAUCACCCCGCCCAAUUCUCCCGCUUUCCAUCACCACGCCCCAUUUUCCCUCUUUCCAUCACCCCGCCCCAUUCUCCCACUUUCCAUCACCCCGCCCCAUUCUCCCGCUUGCCAUCACCCCGCCCAAUUCUCCCUCUUUCUAUCACCCCUCUCCAUUCUCCCUCUUUCCAUCACCCCACCCCAUUCUCCCGCUUUCCAUCACCCCGCCCAAUUCUCCCUCUUUCCAUCACCCCUCCCCAUUCUCCCUCUUUCCAUCACCCCGCCCCAUUCUCCCGCUUUCCAUCACCCCGCCCCAUUCUCCCUCUUUCAAUCACCCCGCCCCAUUCUCCCUCUUUCCAUCACCCCGCCCCAUUCUCCUGCUUUCCAUCACCCCGCCCAUUCUCCCUCUUUCCAUCACCCCGCCCCAUUCUCCCGCUUUCCAUCACCCCGCCCCAUUCUCCCUCUUUCCAUCACCCCGCUCCAUUCUCCCGCUUUCCAUCACCCCGCCCAAUUCUCCCUCUUUCCAUCACCCCUCCUCAUUCUUCCUCUUUCCAUCACCCCGCCCCAUUCUCCCGCUUUCCACCACCCCGCUUUCCAUCACCCCGCCCAAUUCUCCCGCUUUCCAUCACCACGCCCCAUUUUCCCUCUUUCCAUCACCCCGCCAUUCUCCCGCUUUCCAUCACCCCGCCCCAUUCUCCCCAAUCCAUCACCCCGCCCCAUUCUCCCUCUUUCCAUCACCCCGCCCCAUUCUCCCCCAAUCCAUCACCCCGCCCCAUUUCCACUCUUCCCAUUACCCCGUCCCAUUCUCCCGCUUUCCAUCACCCCGCCCCAUUCUCCCGCUUUCCAUCACCCCGCUCCAUUCUCCCGCUUUCCAUCACCCCGCCCCAUUCUCCCGCUUUCCAUCACCCCGCCCCAUUCUCCCGCUUUCCAUCACCGCGCCCCAUUCUCCCGCUUUCCAUCACCCCGCCCCAUUCUCCCGCUUUCCAUCACCCCGCCCCAUUCUCCCUCUUUCCAUCACCCCGCCCCAUUCUCCCGCUUUCCAUCACCCUGCCCCAUUUUCACUCUUUCCAUCACCCCGCUCCAUUCUCCCGCUUUCCAUCACCCCGCCCAAUUCUCCCUCUUUCCAUCACCCCUCCCCAUUCUCUUUUCCAUCACCCCGCCCCAUUCUCCCGCUUUCCAUCACCCCGCCCCAUUCUCCCUCUUUCCAUCACCCGGCCCCAUUCUCCCUCUUUCCAUCACCCGCCCCAUUCUCCCGCUUUCCAUCACCCCGCCCGCUUCAUUCUCCCGCUUUCCAACACACUGCUCCAUUCUCCCGCUUUCCAUCACCCCACCCCAUUCUCACUCUUUCCAUCACCCCUCCCAAUUCUCCCUCUUUCCAUCACUCCGACCCAUUCUCCUGCUUUCUAUCACCCCGCCCCAUUCUCCCUCUUUCCAUCACCCCGCCCCAUUCUCCCGCCUUCCAUCACCCCGCCCCAUUCUCCAUCUUUCCAUCACCCUGCCCAAUUCUCCCCCUUUCCAUCAUCCCGCCCCAUUCUCCCGCCUUCCAUCACCCCGCCCCAUUCUCCCUCUUUCCAUCACCCCGCCCCAUUCUCCCGCUUUCCAUCACCCCGCCCCAUUUUCCCUAUUUCCAUCACCCCGCCCCAUUCUCCCGCUUUCCUACACCCCGCCCCAUUCUCCCGCUUUCCAUCACCCCGCCCUAUUCUCCCGCUUUCCAUCACCCCGCCCCAUUCUCCCGCUUUCCAUCACCCAGCCCCAUUCUCCCUCUUUCCAUCACCCCGCCCCAUUCUCCCGCAUUUCAUCACCCCGCCCCAUUUUCCCUCAUUCCAUCACCCCGCUCCAUUCUCCCGCUUUCCAUCACCCCGCCCAAUUCUCCCUCUUUCCAUCACCCCUCCCCAUUCUCCCUCUUUCCAUCACCCCGCCCCAUUCUCCCGCUUUCCAUCACCCCGCCCCAUUCUCCCUCUUUCAAUCACCCCGCCCCAUUCUCCCUCUUUCCAUCACCCCGCCCCAUUCUCCUGCUUUCCAUCACCCCGCCCCAUUCUCCCUCUUUCCAUCACCCCGCCCCAUUCUCCCGCUUUCCAUCACCCCGCCCCAUUCUCCCUCUUUCCAUCAUCCCGCUCCAUUCUCCCGCUUUCCAUCACCCCGCCCAAUUCUCCCUCUUUCCAUCACCCCUCCUCAUUCUUCCUCUUUCCAUCACCCCGCCCCAUUCUCCCGCUUUCCACCACCCUGCUUUCCAUCACCCCGCCCAAUUCUCCCGCUUUCCAUCACCACGCCCCAUUUUCCCUCUUUCCAUCACCCCGCCCCAUUCUCCCACUUUCCAUCACCCCGCCCCAUUCUCCCGCUUGCCAUCACCCCGCCCAAUUCUCCCUCUUUCUAUCACCCCUCUCCAUUCUCCCUCUUUCCAUCACCCCACCCCAUUCUCCCGCUUUCCAUCACCCCGCCCAAUUCUCCCUCUUUCCAUCACCCUCCCCAUUCUCCCUCUUUCCAUCACCCCGCCCCAUUCUCCCGCUUUCCAUCACCCCGCCCAUUCUCCCUCUUUCAAUCACCCCGCCCCAUUCUCCCUCUUUCCAUCACCCCGCCCCAUUCUCCUGCUUUCCAUCACCCCGCCCCAUUCUCCCUCUUUCCAUCACCCCGCCCCAUUCUCCCGCUUUCCAUCACCCCGCCCCAUUCUCCCUCUUUCCAUCACCCCGCUCCAUUCUCCCGCUUUCCAUCACCCGCCCAAUUCUCCCUCUUUCCAUCACCCUCCUCAUUCUUCCUCUUUCCAUCACCCCGCCCAUUCUCCCGCUUUCCACCACCCCGCUUUCCAUCACCCCGCCCAAUUCUCCCGCUUUCCAUACCACGCCCCAUUUUCCCUCUUUCCAUCACCCCGCCCCAUUCUCCCACUUUCCAUCACCCCGCCCCAUUCUCUCGCUUUCGAUCACCCCGCUCCAAUCUCCCGCUUGCCAUCACCCCCGCCCAAUUCUCCCUCUUUCUAUCACCCCUCUCCAUUCUCCCUCUUUCCAUCAUCCCGCCCCAUUCUCCCGCUUUCAAUCACCCCGCCCCAUUCUCCCUCUUUCCAUCACCCCGCCCCAUUCUCCCGCUUUCCAUCACCCCGCCCCAUUCUCCUCUAUUUUAUCAGCCCGCCCCAUUCUCCCGCUUUCAAUCACCCCGCCCCAUUCUCCCGCUUUCCAUCACCCCGCCCCAUUCUCCCGCUUUCCAUCACCCCGCCCCUUUCUCCCGCUUUCCAUCACCCCGCCCCAUUCUCCCGCUUUCCAUCACCCCGCCCCAUUCUCCCUCUUUCCAUCACCCCGCCCCGUUCUCCCGCAUUCCAUCACCCCGCCCCGUUCUCCCGCUUUCCAUCACCCCGCCCCAUUCUCCCCCUUUCCAUCAGCCCGCCACAUUCUCCCACUUUCCAUCACCCCGCCCCAUUCUCCCUGUUUCCAUCACCCCGCCCCAUUCUCUCGCUUUCCAUCACCCCGCCCCAUUCUCCCUCUUUCCAUCACCCCGCCCCAUUCUCUCUCUUUCCAUCACCCUGCUCCAUUCUUCCGCUUUCUAUCAUCCCGCCCAAUUCUCCCUCUUUCAAUCACCCCGCCCCAUUCUCCCUCUUUCCAUCACCUUGCCCCAUUCUCCCGCUUUCCAUCACCCCGCCCCAUUCUCCCUCUUUCCAUCAGCCCGCCCCAUUCUCCCGCUUUCAAUCACCCCGCCCCAUUCUCCCGCUUUCCAUCAUCCCGCACCAUUCUCCCUCUUUUCAUCAACCCACCCCAUUCUCCCGCUUUCCAUCACCCCGCCCUAUUCUUCCGCUUUCCAUCAACCCCCUCAUUCUCCCGCUUUCCAUCACCCCGCCCCAUUCUCCCUCUUUCCAUCACCCCGCUCCAUUCUCCCGCUUUCCAUCACCCCGCCCAAUUCUCCCUCUUUCCAUCACCCCUCCUCAUUCUUCCUCUUUCCAUCACCCCGCCCCAUUCUCCCGCUUUCCACCACCCCGCUUUCCAUCACCCCGCCCAAUUCUCCCGCUUUCCAUCACCACGCCCCAUUUUCCCUCUUUCCAUCACCCCGCCCCAUUCUCCCACUUUCCAUCACCCCGCCCCAUUCUCUCGCUUUCGAUCACCCCGCUCCAAUCUCCCGCUUGCCAUCACCCCGCCCAAUUCUCCCUCUUUCUAUCACCCCUCUCCAUUCUCCCUCUUUCCAUCAUCCCGCCCCAUUCUCCCGCUUUCAAUCACCCCGCCCCAUUCUCCCUCUUUCCAUCACCCCGCCCCAUUCUCCCGCUUUCCAUCACCCCGCCCCAUUCUCCCUCUUUUUAUCAGCCCGCCCCAUUCUCCCGCUUUCAAUCACCCCGCCCCAUUCUCCCGCUUUCCAUCACCCCGCCCCAUUCUCCCGCUUUCCAUCACCCCGCCCCUUUCUCCCGCUUUCCAUCACCCCGCCCCAUUCUCCCGCUUUCCAUCACCCCGCCCCAUUCUCCCUCUUUCCAUCACCCCGCCCCGUUCUCCCGCUUUCCAUCACCCCGCCCCGUUCUCCCGCUUUCCAUCACCCCGCCCCAUUCUCCCCCUUUCCAUCAGCCCGCCACAUUCUCCCACUUUCCAUCACCCCGCCCCAUUCUCCCUGUUUCCAUCACCCCGCCCCAUUCUCUCGCUUUCCAUCACCCCCCCCAUUCUCCCUCUUUCCAUCACCCCGCCCCAUUCUCUCUCUUUCCAUCACCCUGCUCCAUUCUUCCGCUUUCUAUCAUCCCGCCCAAUUCUCCCUCUUUCAAUCACCCCGCCCCAUUCUCCCUCUUUCCAUCACCUUGCCCCAUUCUCCCGCUUUCCAUCACCCCGCCCCAUUCUCCCUCUUUCCAUCAGCCCGCCCCAUUCUCCCGCUUUCAAUCACCCCGCCCCAUUCUCCCGCUUUCCAUCAUCCCGCACCAUUCUCCCUCUUUUCAUCAACCCACCCCAUUCUCCCGCUUUCCAUCACCCCGCCCUAUUCUUCCGCUUUCCAUCAACCCGCCUCAUUCUCCCGCUUUCCAUCACCCCGCCCCAUUCUCCCUCUUUCCAUCACCCCGCUCCAUUCUCCCGCUUUCCAUCACCCCCAAUUCUCCCUCUUUCCAUCACCCCUCCUCAUUCUUCCUCUUUCCAUCACCCCGCCCCAUUCUCCCGCUUUCCACCACCCCGCUUUCCAUCACCCCGCCCAAUUCUCCCGCUUUCCAUCACCACGCCCCAUUUUCCCUCUUUCCAUCACCCCGCCCCAUUCUCCCCACUUUCCAUCACCCCGCCCCAUUCUCUCGCUUUCGAUCAACCCGCUCCAAUCUCCCGCUUGCCAUCACCCCGCCCAAUUCUCCCUCUUUCUAUCACCCCUCUCCAUUCUCCCUCUUUCCAUCAUCCUGCCCCAUUCUCCCGCUUUCAAUCACCCCGCCCCAUUCUCCUCUUUCCAUCACCCCGCCCCAUUCUCCCGCUUUCCAUCACCCCGCCCCAUUCUCCCUCUUUUUAUCAGCCCGCCCCAUUCUCCCGCUUUCAAUCACCCCGCCCCAUUCUCCCGCUUUCCAUCACCCCGCCCCUUCUCCCGCUUUCCAUCACCCCGCCCUUUCUCUCCCGCUUUCCAUCACCCCGCCCCAUUCUCCCCGCUUUCCAUCACCCCGCCCCAUUCUCCCUCUUUCCAUCACCCCGCCCCGUUCUCCCGCUUUCCAUCACCCCGCCCCGUUCUCCCGCUUCCAUCACCCCGCCCCAUUCUCCCCCUUUCCAUCAGCCCGCCACAUUCUCCCACUUUCCAUCACCCCGCCCCAUUCUCCCUGUUUCCAUCACCCCGCCCCAUUCUCUCGCUUUCCAUCACCCCGCCCAUUCUCCCUCUUUCCAUCACCCCGCCCCAUUUCUCUCUUUCCAUCACCCUGCUCCAUUCUUCCGCUUUCUAUCAUCCCGCCCAAUUCUCCCUCUUUCAAUCACCCCGCCCCAUUCUCCCUCUUUCCAUCACCUUGCCCCAUUCUCCCGCUUUCCAUCACCCCGCCCCAUUCUCCCUCUUUCCAUCAGCCCGCCCCAUUCUCCCGCUUUCAAUCACCCCGCCCCAUUCUCCCGCUUUCCAUCAUCCCGCACCAUUCUCCCUCUUUUCAUCAACCCACCCCAUUCUCCCGCUUUCCAUCACCCCGCCCUAUUCUUCCGCUUUCCAUCAACCCGCCUCAUUCUCCCGCUUUCCAUCACCCCCACCAUUCUCCCGCUUUCCAUCACCCCGCCCCAUUCUCCCGCUUUCCAUCACCCCCCCCUAUUCUCCCUCUUUCCAUCACCCUGCCCCAUUCUCCCGCUUUCCAUCACCCAGCCCCAUUCUCCUUCUUUCCAUCACCCCACCCAAUUCUCCCGCUUUCCAUCACCCCGCCCCAUUCUCCCUCUUUCCAUCACCCCGCCCCAUUCUCCCGCUUUCCACCACCCCGCUCCAUUCUCCCCUUUCCAUCACCCCGCCCCAUUCUCCCUUUUUCCAUCACCCCUCCCCAUUCUCCCUCUUUCCAUCACCCCGCCACAUUCUCCCGCUUUCCAUCACCCCGCCUCAUUCUCCCUCUUUCCAUCACCCCGCCCCAUUCUCCCGCUUUCCAUCACACCGCCCCAUUCUCCCUCUAUCCACAACCCCGCCCUAUUCUCCCUCUUUCCAUCACCCCGCCCCAUUCUCCCGCUUUCCAUCACCCCCCCCCAUUCUCUUGCUUUCCAUCACCCCUCCCCAUUCUCCUGCUUUCCAUCACCCCGCCCCAUUCUCCCGCUUUCCAUCACCCCCGCCCCAUUCUCCCUCUUUCCAUCACCCCGCCCUAUUCUCCCUCUUUCCAUCACCCCGCCCCAUUUUCCCGCUUUCCAUCACCCCGCCCCAUUCUCCCGCUUUCCAUCACCCCACCCCAUUCUCCCGCUUUCCAUCACCUCGCUCCAUUCUCCCGCUUUCCAUCACCCCGCCCAAUUCUCCCUCUUUCCAUCACCCCUCCCCAUUCUCCCUCUUUCCAUCACCCCUCCCCAUUCUCCCGCUUUCGAUCACCCCGCCCCAUUCUCCCGCUUUCCAUCACCCCGCCCCAUUCUCCCGCUUUCCAUCACCCCGCCCCAUUCUCCCGCUUUCCAUAACCCCGCCCCAUUCUUCCGCUUUCCAUCACCCCGCCCCAUUCACCCCGCCCCAUUCUCCCUCCUUCCAUCAACCCGCCCCAUUCUCCCGCUUUUCUUCACCCGCCCCAUUCUCCCUCUUUCCAUCACCCCGCCCCAUUCUUCCGCUUUUCAUCACCCUACCCCAUUCUCCCUCUUUCCAUCACCCCGCCCCAUUCCCCUCUUUCCAUCACCCCGCCCCACUCUCCCCCCUUUUCUUCACCCCGCCCCAUUCUUCCGCUUUCCAUCACCCCGCCCCAUUCUCCCGCUUUCCAUCACCCCGCCCAUUCUCCCGCUUUCCAUCACCCCGCCCCUUUCUCCCGCUUUCCAUCACCCCCCCAUUCUCCCGCUUCUUAUCACUCCGCCCCAUUCUCCCGCUUUCCAUCACCCCGCCCCAUUCUCAAGCUUUCCAUCACCCCGCCCCAUUCUCCCGCUUUCCAUCACCCCGCCCCAUUCUCCCGCUUUCCAUCACCCCGCCCCAUUCUCCCGCUUUCCAUCACCCCGCCCCAUUCUCCCGCUUUCCAUCACCCC